CACCAUGCCGUCAAGACUUCGACAUCAAAGAUGGAGACCGGCAGUUCGUCGUCGGACGAUUCGUUGGACGCUUCAAGUGCCAAAUUCGACCCGUUGAAGGCCCUCUACUCCUCGAAAUUGCGGCUCCCUGUGCCCGGCGCAAAAAUCUACGACAACCUGGGAAGCUACGAGUCCAACGCGAGGGGUCAACCGUGCCGAAAUUCAAGAGGACCCGGUAGCAAGAAAAAUGCGGAACAACUCGCCGGAGCUACAUCGAAGCGCAGAUUUCUUCCUCAUCAAGAGCCGGUGCCGGGCAGGAGAUAUCGAAAUAAGGAGCGCGGGGGCGCUGCCGCCGAGAAUCUCGAAGGAAGGAAUGUCCUGACCAGGAUGAAGGGCUCUCUAGGCCCGUUAGAAAUGCUUGUGCGAUGCAUGGAGCAAAGAACCCGAGUCAAGGUAUACACGAGGGGAGCAUGCAGUAUUCGCGGAUACGUCUUAGCAUACGUCGCCGCCUUUGACAAGCACUGGAAUCUCGCGCUUGAGGAUUGCCUCGAAGUGUGGACGCGCAAGGUUAAGAGAAAAGCCCCGGCACUCGGUACUCCUGCCGACUUGGAUCAACGUCGCAGAUCUGAGGCGAGGAAAAUCGAUGACGAAUCAUACCGGAGUACAAUUAUAAGUAAAACUGUGGUUAAGGAAUCCAACGGUAAAACUGAGACCCUGGAACGACACGUUCCGCAGUUAAUGAUCAGGGGUGAACAAAUCGCUAUAAUCGUAAAGAUCGAUUAAACAUACAUACAUAUAUAUAUAUAGAUAUAUAUAUAC